AUGUCCACUGAAAGUUUCCAAUUGUUAGCUCACGACCAAAAGUACCCCACAUGGGAUAUUAGUCCCAGUCAAGUCAAGCAGCUUGCAAAAGAACUUGCCCAGAAGGAGACGGAGCUUUUUGAUCAAAUUGCAAAGGUGACGGACCCCACAAUCGAAAACACCUUGCAACCGUUUGCCCAGUUCUUUAAUGAAAACAGUUUCCCCGAGAACCAACUCACUUUUUACCAGCACGUCUCGACAGACAAGUCCUUGCGGGACGCGUCCACCGAGGCAGAGGAGUUGUUGGACAAGAACUCAAUCGAGCAGUGGUCUAGAGAAGACGCUUUCAAGACUUUUGAAAAGUUGAAUGCAGCGUUGGAAAAAGCCACCUCCACUGUUGACCCGGAGUCAUUGAGGUACGUUUCCAAAACCCUCACUUCUUUCAAAAGGAACGGUUUGGCCUUACCCGCGGAGCAAAGAGAAAAAGUGAAAAAAUUGCAAGUAGAGUUGAGCAAUUUGAAAGUGCAGUUCUCCAAGAACUACAAUGAAGACGACGGCUUUAUCUGUUUCACCGAGAAAGAGCUUGCUGGUGUUCCGCAGAAUGUUUUGGAACAAUUCCAAAAAAUCGAGGAAAACGGCGAAACUAAAUUAAAAGUAACGUUCAAGUACCCAGACAUCUUUCCUGUUUUCAAGUACGCCGAAAAUGCCGACACCAGGAAAGCUGCCAACAUUGCUUAUGGCAACAGGUGUGCCGAAAAUGACGAGAUUUUGGCCAAGAUCAUCCGAAUCAGAUACGACAUUGCCAAAGAGUUGGGAUACGAUACAUUUUCAGAUUAUGUUUUGGAGGAGAGAAUGGCAAAGAAAAAGGACACCGUUUUGGAUUUUUUGGAUGACUUGAGAACUAAAUUGAAACCCGUUGCUGAGAACAAUUUAAAAGAGUUGAAAGAGCUUAAAAAAGCAGACUUGGAGAAACGUGGAUUGGCAUCCGACGACAACUUUUACGCAUGGGACUUUAAUUUCUACAAUGAAAAGCUCUUGGCUGAGAAAUAUCAAGUUGAUAACAAUAAAAUUGCCGAAUAUUUCCCCUUGCAGUCGACCAUCGACAAGAUGUUGCAAUUUUACGAAAUCAUCUUUGACAUCAAAUUCGUCAAGCUUACCCCGCAAUCCAAUGACACCUGGCAUGAAGAUGUGCAGCAAUACGCCAUAUUCCAGAACAUCUCAAAGGGAGAAAUCGAGCACAUGGGCGCGAUUUACUUUGACUUGCACCCAAGAACGGGGAAAUAUGGCCACGCCGCCAAUUUUGGGCUUGGUCCCGGUUACUUGAAACAGGACGGCAAGACUCGCCAUGCGCCAGUUACGGCACUCGUGUGCAACUUCACCAAGCCAACAAAGGACAAGCCCUCUUUGCUCAAGCACGAUGAGGUGGUUACCUUUUUCCACGAGUUGGGCCACGGCAUCCACAACAUCUUGUCGCAGACUAAAUACGCACGGUUCCAUGGCACGAGCGUAGAACGAGAUUUCGUUGAAACUCCAUCGCAGAUGUUGGAGUAUUGGUGUUGGUCCAAGGACGAAAUCAAAAAGUUGUCGUCGCAUUACGAGACCGGUCAGCAGAUAGACGACGACUUGGUUGACCAAUUGAUCAAGACCAAGCACGUCAACACCGGUUUAUUCAAUUUGCGCCAGUUGUUCUUUGGCUUAUUUGACAUGAAGGUGCACACGAUCGACACCAAGGAGAAAUUGAGCGAGUUGAAUUUGUUCCAGACGUGGAAUGAAAUGAAGGAUGAAGUCACGUUGCUUCCAAGCGAUGGCAACCCGACUAAAGGCUACGCUUCGUUCGGCCACAUUGCCGGAGGAUAUGAAAGUGGAUACUACGGGUACUUGUACUCCUUGGUGUUUGCUGCUGAUAUCUACUAUACUCUUUUCAAAAAGGAUCCAAUGAACACUGAGAAUGGUGUGAGAUACAGAGACAUCAUCUUGAAACGUGGUGGAUCGAAAGAUAUAAUGGAAAAUUUGGAGGAGCUUUUGGGCAGAAAGCCCAACUCAGAAGCGUUCCUAAGUGAAAUCUUUGGCUAA